AUGACAAAUCAACUUGAUGAUAAAGACGAUGAUUUAGUCAAUGUCGUCGAACCCGAUGAAAAUGAAUGGAAAAAGUUUAUUGAUGAAAUGAAAUAUGUUCGAGCUUUGGAAUAUGUUCUUCAAAAUGCACCUGUUCGCGCGAAAGAUCCAGAGAAAAAAAAGAAAGCUGCGCAUAUGGCGUUGUCAACUAUGAUGAAAAUCAAAGCAAGUGAAAUUCCCGACGCUGUCAACGGAAUACCUGCACCAUUACGUGAUACAUUAAUGAAGUUCUUGCAGCGACAGGCCUUGGUUCUAUCGUUCGUGUUCUUACUGAUCGAAGAACUGUAUGAAUCCAUUGACGCGCUCAUGACAUGGUUUCAGAAGUUCAUUACCUUAUCGCCGAAGAAACGAGGCUUUCAUUUGAUCACCGAGGAAGUUCUACGCGAAGUUCCCGAAAUCAAACAAAUCGAAAUAGGACUAAUGAACGUUUUCAUCCAACACACAAGUGCAUCGUUAACAAUCAAUGAGAAUGCCGCACCUGACGUACGCGUUGAUAUGGAAACAAUCUUCAAUAAACUUGUACCUGAAAGUAAUUCUUACGAACAUUUGGAUGAAGGCAGUGAUGAUAUGCCAGCUCAUGCAAAAUGUGCGCUGCUUGGCUCAUCAGUUAAUAUACCGAUUACAGCAGGACGUUUAGCAUUUGGUACUUGGCAAGGAAUUUAUCUCUAUGAUAAAGUUUCGAAAGACGAGAAUGAACCGACAGAAGAAAUUUAUGAUGACCAUUUUCCGAAGAAUGUACAUAUUAUGAAAACCAACAAUCAGUUACGAGAACUUCAUACGCUUCUCCGCGAUCGUACAACAUGCCGAAGCGAUUUUAAGUUUUAUGCCGAUCGACUCAUACGAUUGACUGUUGAAGCUGCGUUGGAUCAACUACCGUACAUUCCAUGCAGUGUUAUCACUCCAACAGGACACUGUUUCGAAGGUUUAAGACAUGAAAAAGGAACUUUAUGUGUCUCGUUGAUGAGAAGCGGUGAAGCUAUGGAAAAAGGUAUUCGAGAAUGUUGUAGAUCUAUCCGCAUCGGUAAGAUUUUAAUCAACGAAGGUCAUGUAAUCUAUGCAAAAUUACCAUCGGAUGUUCAUCGACGUCGUCUUCUUGUUGCAUACCCCGUGAUUACCACUGGUUCGACAGUACUUACUGGUCUUGAAGUGCUCUUGAAAGAAUACCAGUGUAGACAAUCGAACAUGAUCUUGAUAACAUUAUUUUCAACACCAGAUGGUUUACAACGCAUAUGUGAACUUCAUCCGGAACUGACAAUUGUCGUUUCAGAAGUCAACACAGUAGCUCCAAAUCAUUUUGGUCAAAAAUAUUUCGGAACGGAUUAA